CUUAUUGUUGUUAGAAGACGAUUCUUGGACCGAUCCGGGCGUCGCGUUGAUCUAAUCAAUCAGUCUCGAACCAAGACCUCGGUCGCAUUCGUCGAAUCCUCGCAAAGUGAGCGGUGGGAAAGAAGCAGAGGGAUGCUCCCGGACGUCGUGUCGCACGUACACGUCUAUAUAUGUAUAUAUAUAUAUAUAUGUUGCGUGCGUUUGUUUUCUGCAAAAAAAAUCGCGAGAAUCAACGGGAGGACGCCGCGCUACUCCCGAUAUCCCCGGACAUUUUUCCUGACGACGCGAAGACGAACGCCCGGAGAUAGGAUUCGACCUAGCAGCCGAGUCUGCGUCAUUUGCGACGAUGCUGCGAGCCCGGGCAACCGCGCGACGUCGACGACGACGACGGUGACGAGGACGACGACGACGAUCUCAUUCCAAAUGGACAGCGUUCAUCCGCGAGUCCCCGAUCACAGCAGUCGACACAACACGUUCAUCACCAUUCACCACCACCACCGCCACCACCGCCGAGCGAUCGUCCCGUGAAAACACCGCAGCAAAGACAUUCCUCGUGUCUCGGGAUGUCACCGACCUGGGGAAAAAACAGCGCCACCCUCAGGCUCCGUUUACACGGAUCUAGGAUUAUUUUGUUUAUUGACACUUGUGAUUAGUUGCGAGGAGAAAAUAAAUAUGGCGUGAUCACAAAUACUGACAAAUAAUUUAGAUUCAGUUGAGAUCAAGAGCGUAUGCACACCAAUCAAAUUCACGAAUUUGAUGACAGUUGCUAAACUGCUUUUUCUGAUGAACGCAGCCAUAGAAAGCGAACUUUACGCGAUAACGUUUAACGGCGCAUGACAGUUGCGAGAGUGCGUUCAACUGUGGUGUUAGGUUAUCCGGUAGUGCUAUGGAAAGCACUUUACGAGGAGUUCAUUGUUUCUAUAUUGUUUCGAUAAUUGACGAUCACCGUCUUUGUUACGAAGUCUGUCAUUGAAAUUCCUUUUCGGUACACAAUGCCGAAAUUAGCGCGUAUUACUAGAUCCUUGCGCAUGUUUACUUCUCUAGAGCGCAGAGAAGGAGCAUUAGAUCUUGAUCCAAAUGAUUUAAUAAGAAAAAGACAAGAAAGACAAGAACGAGCAAAAGAAUUAAAAAGCACUCUUGAUUGGCAUGACAUAUGCAAAAGUGCAUCUGAUAAUCUUAUAAUACACUUACUAGAAUUGAAGAAUAUUGUGCAACAAGUUUUAGUUGCCGCCCCUUCAGAUGUUGUAAAUGAAUUUACAGUUUAUGCAUUACGUGUAUUAAUCGACAUCGAAGAUUUUACGCGAAAAGAAUAUGAUAUACUUGGGCAAAAAGCAGGACAUCUGACAUAUCAAUCUGCACAGAAAAUAAUGCGAAUAGUCACAAACAUUCAAAAGCAAUGUUAUGAGGAAGUUAUAACAUUAUUAUCAGAAGAAUCUAAAGAAAAUGUGGACGGUUUCAAUCCACGUAUUUUUGGUGCAAAUAUUCCUUAUAAUCAAGCAAAAGUUUUAUGGCCUGACACCAGUGGACUUCACAAUAUGUCUACACAAGGGAUAAAUUCAAGUACUGAUAAAUUUACAAUGAUGAUACAUGACACAACAUCUUCAAUACAGAAGAAAUCUGUAUUUGACAAAGCAACAUUUACAAAAGAAUUAAAAAAUUGUUGCAAAGAUGUUGCAAUGUCAUACCAGGAUUUUGCAAUGGCAAUAGUGGAAAAGUUGAAAAACUCCCAGAAUAUACAAGCUGAAUUAUUUGAUAUGUUAGGCUGCGAACAUCUAGAAUUUAUUGAAUACAUUAUUGAACAUGAGAAAGCCAUCAUAUCGACAUAUCCGUGUUCAAAAAUACCCAAGAGACCACAGACAACUGCACAGGGACCCAUAAUUAGUGGUCAAGUAAUUGUACAAUCCGAAAUGGAAAAGCAGUUAUGUAAACAAGUUCGUAAAGAAGAGAAAAAACUAACAAAAAUGGCAAACAAACGAGACGUCAAGUCGGAGACUGAGGAAACUGAAUUUAUUCCACUGCAACUGCGACUUAAGAGACAAGAAGCAUUGACAGCUAUGCACGCACCGUUGUUUCCUAAAAAAUAUACACUGGAGAGAGGCAUGCAGGAACAAUAUCCAUUUGUAUUUGAUUCUAAAGCUAAUGCUACAGCGGGUUUUGUGUCAGGACAAAAGUUAUUGCUAGCGGAAGAUGUUAAGAGAUGUAGUAGUGACCUCUGCGAGGAAGUGCACAUACCAGCACCAAAAAAAGAUGAUGUUAACAUUAACAUAGAUAUUGUAUUAACAUCUUCUUUGGACGAAAUUGGUCAACUGGCUUUUAACGGCAUAAUGUCAUUAAACAAAAUUCAAAGUAUAGUUUUUAAUGCGGCAUACAACACCAACGAGAACCUAUUAAUUUGCGCGCCGACUGGAGCCGGAAAGACAAACGUGGCAAUGUUGACUGUGGUGCAUCAAUUGAAGCAAAAUAUUCAGGAUGGACAAUUACAGAAGGGUCAAUUCAAAAUAAUUUAUAUCGCGCCUAUGAAAGCUUUGGCGGCGGAAAUGACAGCCAAUUUUAACAAGAGACUCGGCCCUCUGGGCGUCUGCGUUCGCGAGUUAACCGGCGAUAUGCAACUGACGAAACAGGAGAUCCAACAGACUCAAAUGAUAGUGACCACGCCGGAAAAAUGGGACGUCGUUACGAGAAAAGGUACGGGCGAUAUCUCCCUCACCAGUAUUGUGAGAUUGUUAAUCAUUGACGAGGUGCAUCUGCUGCAUGGUGACCGGGGACCCGUGGUGGAAGCCCUGGUCGCGAGAACUCUGCGUCAGGUGGAAUCAUCGCAAAGCAUGAUCAGGAUAGUCGGCCUGUCAGCCACGUUGCCGAAUUAUGUGGACGUUGCGCGAUUUCUCCGCGUCAAUCCUAGGAAAGGACUAUUCUACUUUGAUUAUCGGUUCCGGCCGGUGCCUCUCAGUCAGACUUUUAUUGGCGUGAAAGCUGUCAAACCGAUGCAACAAAUGAACGAUAUGGAUCUCGUGUGUUACAACAAUGUUAUAGACAUGGUACGUCAAGGUCAUCAAGUCAUGGUAUUCGUGCACGCGCGAAACGCCACCGUGAAAACGGCGAAUGUUCUAAAAGAACUAGCAAUGAAGAACGACACGCUUAAAUACUUUCUAUCCGAUGGACAAGCGAAGCACAUGAACAAGGCCUUUGCCAAAUCGCCUAACAAAUGGCUCGGUGAAUUGUUUAACAGCGGAUUAUCGAUACAUCACGCCGGCUUGUUGCGCUCGGAUAGGAAUUUGGUCGAGAAAUACUUCGCCGACGGUCUGAUUAAAGUGCUGGUAUGCACCGCCACGUUGGCGUGGGGCGUAAAUCUGCCUGCUCAUGCAGUUAUUAUACGAGGAACCGAAAUCUACGAUUCGAAGCAUGGUUCGUUCGUGGACCUGGGCAUACUAGAUGUCUUACAGAUCUUUGGCCGCGCUGGGAGGCCGCAAUUCGACACAUCGGGUCAUGCUGUCAUUAUCACGUCGUACAAUAAGUUGUCUCACUAUCUGUCGCUGUUGACGAAUCAAAUACCGAUCGAGAGCAGCUUUAUCACGUACCUGGCCGAUAAUUUAAACGCCGAGGUAGCGUUAGGGACCAUAUCGAAUGUGCCAGAAGCCGUGGAAUGGUUGAGCUAUACUUAUUUAUUCGUACGAAUGAAAAUAAACUUUCAGACAUAUGGCAUGGUUUAUCAAACUCUCUUGGACGAUCCCAAUCUCGAAAAGAAACGAAAGGAGCUGGUGGAUGUCGCCGCGAAGGCGUUGGACAAAGCACAGAUGAUCAGAUACGAUUUGCGCACCGGUGACCUCAGCGCGACCGACUUGGGGCGUAUCGCGAGCCACUAUUACCUCAAGUACGACACGAUUGAGAUAUUUAACGAACUACAAAAAGAUAUCAUGACCGAAGGAGAUAUUCUGGCAAUGAUCACGCGCGCUCAGGAAUUCAACCAGCUCAAGGUACGGGAAGACGAGAUGAAGGAGCUGGACGAGCUGAUGGAACGAUGCGAAAUCGUACCACAAGGCGGCGUGGAGAAUGUCCACGGCAAGGUCAAUAUAUUACUGCAGACGUAUCUGUCCAGAAUUCGCGUGAGCACAGUGUCAUUGAUAUCGGAUCAAGCAUACGUCACACAAAAUACCGUACGAAUAACCAGGGCACUAUUCGAGAUUAUGCUCAGACGAAACAAUCCGAUAAUGGCUGGACGACUGCUGGAGAUGGCGAAGAUGUUCGAGGCUCAACAAUGGAAUUUCUUGACGCCGUUGCGUCAAUUUGACUGCCUGUCUAUGGAGGUCAUCGACAAGAUCGAGCAGCGAAAUUUCUUGCUCUAUCAAUUACAGGAAAUGGACGUGAAGGAAGUUGGCAAUAUCUUGCGAGAUCAACGGGCAGCGAUACUAGUGAAAAAGUGCUGCGAAGAAUUGCCCGCAUUGGACAUAGAAUACAGUUUACAACCUAUUACGCGCACCAUUCUGAGGAUACGGUUAACCCUGAUUCCACAGUUUCGUUGGAACGACAAGAUUCAUGGAAAAAGUUCGCAGGCCUUCUGGAUAUGGAUCGAGGACCCGGAUAAUAAUUUCAUUUAUCAUCACGAGUACUUUAUACUGACGAAGAAGAUGGUCUGCCAGCAUCUCGACCAGGAACUCGUGAUCACUAUACCGUUGUCCGAGCCACUACCAACUCAGUAUCUUGUAAAAGCCACGAGUGAUCACUGGCUCAGUUGCGAGAUCACAAUUCCUUUGUCCUUUCAUGAUCUCAUCUUGCCGGAGACUCAUCCGCCGCACACAAAUCUAUUGAAAUUGCAACCAUUAGCGAUAACUGCUUUGAAGGAUUCGAAGUUCGAGAGUCUAUACAACUUUACUCACUUCAAUCCGAUACAAACGCAGAUCUUUCAUUGUUUGUAUCACACCGACAACAACGUUCUACUCGGUGCGCCGACAGGUUCGGGUAAAACAAUUGCGGCAGAGAUUGCCAUGUUCCGUGUCUUCAAGCAAUAUCCCGAUCAGAAAGUCAUUUACAUUGCGCCUUUGAAAGCUCUGGUUAGAGAACGCAUCAAUGAUUGGAAGGUACGACUGGAGGAACGUCUAGGGAAGAAAGUGGUAGAGUUGACCGGAGAUGUGUCGCCCGACAUCAAAAUCAUAGCAGGUGCAAAUGUGAUUGUCACCACACCUGAGAAGUGGGACGGCAUCAGUCGAAGCUGGCAGACGCGCAGCUACGUGAAGAAAGUGGCACUCAUAGUGAUCGACGAAAUCCAUCUGCUGGGCGAGGAUCGCGGCCCAGUGCUCGAGGUGAUCGUCUCUCGGACCAACUUUAUAUCGUCGCACACGCAGAAAAAGGUCCGAAUCGUCGGACUCUCAACUGCGUUGGCCAACGCGAUAGACCUGGCCAAUUGGCUCGACAUCAACGAAAUGGGCCUCUACAAUUUCCGGCCGUCCGUGAGACCCGUGCCGCUGGAGGUUCAUAUCAGCGGAUUCCCUGGCAAACAUUAUUGUCCGCGAAUGGCGACCAUGAAUAGACCAACUUUCCAGGCGAUCAGGCAACACGCACCCACCAGUCCUUCUCUCGUAUUUGUAUCUUCUCGCAGACAGACGCGUUUGACCGCUCUGGAUCUAAUCGCUUAUCUUGCAGCGGAGGAUAAUCCCAAGCAAUGGUUGCACAUGUUGGAGGAACAGAUGAGCAACAUUCUGGAGAACAUAAAGGACUCGAAUCUGAAGUUGACGCUCGCAUUCGGAAUCGGUCUUCAUCAUGCCGGUCUUCAAGACAGGGACAAGAGAACUGUGGAGGAGUUAUUUGUUAAUAAUAAGAUACAGAUACUAAUCACCACGGCAACUUUGGCAUGGGGCGUUAAUUUCCCCGCUCAUCUGGUAGUGAUAAAGGGCACAGAGUAUUACGACGGCAAGCUGAAGCGUUACGUGGACAUGCCAAUAACGGAUGUUCUACAAAUGAUGGGACGCGCUGGCAGACCGCAGUUCGAUGACUCCGGAGUGGCGGUGGUUCUCGUGCAUGAUUUAAAAAAGAGUUUCUACAAGAAGUUUCUGUACGAACCAUUCCCCGUGGAAUCUAAUCUAAUGAAAGUAUUGCCCGACCAUAUUAAUGCUGAAAUUGUCGCUGGGACUAUCAAGAGUAAACAAGAAUUUCUCGAUUACUUAACGUGGACAUACUAUUUCCGAAGAUUGAUGAAGAAUCCGAAAUAUUACGAUCUGGAUGUCCUAGAACCUGAUUGUAUCAAUGAAUAUCUCUCAAAGUUGGUAGAGAUGACGGUAAAGUCGCUAACGGAUUCGCAUUGCAUUGAUUACGACGAGGACGAACACGCUUUAGUCUCAUUGCCAAUGGGAAAGAUAGCGUCGUUUUAUUAUUUAUCAUAUAAUACAAUGCUGAUGUUUACGCAAUCGCUAAAUGAAAACUUGACCUUGGAUCAAUAUUUAUAUAUACUUUGCAACUCGUACGAAUAUAACGAAUUACCUGUGAGGCAUAAUGAGGAAUUAUUAAAUGAGGAAUUGGCGAAGCUGUGUCGUUACUCCGUGGAUCAGUAUACCUAUGAUUCUCCGCACACAAAAGCGUUUCUUAUGUUGCAAGCACACUUCUCAAGGUUGCCAUUACCGUGUACGGAUUAUAACACUGAUUUGAAAUCAGUGCUCGAUCAAGCAAUCAGAAUAAUACAGGCGAUGAUCGACACGGUCGCGGAACGUGGCUGGUUAACGAGCACUUUGAGGAUAAUACAACUAUUUCAAAUGAUCAUUCAGGCACGAUGGAUAGACGAGUCUGCAAUCACGACGUUACCACAUAUAAGGAAGGAAGACUUGCAAUUGUUUUCAUCAUUAUCAAUGGCUCUCCCCAAGUUGUGCUCUAUCACGUAUAAUAAUUAUGACAGACUCGCAAAGGUUUUGCGCAGAGAAUAUUCGGAAGAACAAAUACGCGAGAUACAUCAAGUAAUUAAAGAUAUGCCGAUGAUAUCCGUUGAUUUGAUGCUGGAAAGUCCUUGGGAUAACGACACUGAAAAACAAAAGAUAAUAUUGAAGCAGAAUAAUGUCGAUCCUGUUAUUGUUCGACCGAAUGAAGAAUAUACGUUAAUCGUUGGACUAAAAAGGAUAAAUAAUUCCAAAACUUUGAAAGCGCACUGUCCAAUGUUUUUAAAGGGAAAGGACGAAAGUUGGUUUUUGGUAUUAGGCGAUAUUCAGAACAAAGAAUUGUGGGCUCUAAAGAGAGUAUCUGGAAUAAAUAGUCAGCAAAGAUAUCACCAAUUACAAUUUACUGCACCUAAUAAUUUGGGAAUAACGAAACUAACUUUCUACUUGAUUUCUGAUUGUUACAUGGGAUUGGAUGAACAAUACAAUAUUUAUUUAAACGUAACAUGCUAAAAAUUUAAUAAUAAUCGAACACUUAAGACUGAACAAAACACGGGUGAUAUUGUGUUCAAUUAUUACAAAUCUUUUUAUAUUGAUAAUAUAAGGACAUAGAAUGAAGAAAAAAAUAUAAAACUUUGUUAAUAUGUAUAUUGAAGUAGCGUGAAAAGGGUAAGCUGUAGGUAUGUGCAAAAUGUAAUUAAGGCAUAUAUUUAAGCAAGUUAUGUAUUUAGAAACACGUGUAUAUUUUUUCUUGCAUAAUUUUAUUACACGUCUAUGAAACAAUAUAUAGGUAUAGAUUAUA